UUAUUAUUUUCAAAAUCACGACUUUGGUUUGUAAGGAAGAGUGUCUUUGUCUCUGCGAUUACACGCAACACAAAGGAAGAUCAAUGGAGUCCAUAGUUCUGUACCCAUCACCAGCCAUUGGUCACGUUAUCUCCAUGGUUGAGUUAGCUAAGCUCACCCUCAAUCACAAACCUUCACUCUCCAUCCAUAUCAUCAUCUUCGAUGCACCCUUCAACGCCGGCUCCACCGCCCAUUAUAUCAAUAAAGUUUCAGCUACCAUUCCUUCCAUUAUCUUCCACCAGCUUCCCACCAUUACCCUCCCUCCAUUAAUCAUCUCCUCCUCUCCCCACCAUGAAACCCUCAUCUUUGAAGUCCUGCACCUCAAUAACCCUAAUCUUCACCAAGCCCUCAUUUCUAUCUCCACAAAUUACACCAUUUCUGCUUUUGUUGCAGACUUCUUCUCCGCUUGUGCUCUCUCUGUCACUCAUAAACUCAAUAUUCCUGCUUACCUCUUCUUCACUUCUGGUGCUAGCGUUCUGUCUACUUUCCUUUACCUUCCCACGAUUCACAAAAAUAUGACAAAAAAUUUUAAAGAUGUCGAUACCAUUCUUCAAAUCCCUGGCGUGCCGCCCGUACCCGCCAAAGACAUGCCUAAACCGUUACUUAAACGUGAUGAUAAGGCCUACCAGUUCUUUCUAGAUUGCUCGAUUAACUGGUCAAGAUCAGCAGCAGGAAUUAUAGUCAACACUUUUGAAUAUCUUGAACAAAGAGCUCUCAAAGCAAUAUCAGGCGGACUAUGCGUGCUGGAUGGCUCCACACCAUCUGUUUACUGCAUCGGACCGUUGACCGCAGCUGAUGACCGGAAAAGUGGCUCCCGUGGAGAUGAAAAUCAUAAAAGGCCUGAGUGUUUGACGUGGCUCGACUCACAGCCAAGCCGAAGCGUAGUUUUUCUGUGUUUUGGUAGUUUGGGGUUAUUCUCUAUGGAACAGUUGAAGGAAAUUGCUAUUGGGUUAGAGAAAAGCGGACAAAGGUUCUUAUGGGUGGUGAGGAAUCCACCUCCUAAGAACGAAGCACUAGCCGUUAAGAAACAAACAGAGCCGGAUUUAGAUAUGAUACUUCCGGAAGGGUUCUUGGAAAGAACCAAUGAGAGGGGAUUUGUUCAGAAGUCCUGGGCACCACAGGUGGAUAUAUUGAGUCAUGACUCGGUGGGUGGGUUCGUGACUCACUGCGGGUGGAACUCGGUGCUUGAAGCAGUGAUUGCUGGUGUACCAAUGGUGGCAUGGCCUCUGUAUGCUGAGCAAAGAUUGAAUAGGAUAUUUCUGGUGGAGGAAAUGAAAAUCGCUUUACCAAUGGUGGAGUCUGAAGACGGGUUUGUGAGUUUAGGUGAGGUGGAGAAGCGAGUCAGAGAGUUGAUGGAGUCGGAGGAAGGCAACUCAGUGAGGAAACAAACCUUUGUAAUGAAAAACAAUGCAAAAGCAGCACUGAGUGAGGGGGGCUCCUCUAUAGUUGCUUUGUCUAAUUUGGUUAAGACAAGGAAAUAAUUAUUUCUUAAGAUCUAAAUUAGUGUUUUUAUGGGGUUACCAUAAUAUGAGCGUUUAUUGAAUGGCUUUUUGAUUAUGAGAGUGUAAAAUAAAUCGGGAUUCUGUGAGAUAGUGUAAAC